UGCAGAGGCACAAAUACCGGCGGAGCAACAAGCACACUCAAAAACCCUUCGCUCAUUCUAGGUCCCUCUGUUCUCUUUGAUGUUCUAACCCCAUCUCGUCGCCUCUUCUUUUGUUCCUUCUUCAAGAUUCCCUUCUCCAGUACCACAUAUCUUCAGCGCAAACCUUUUUCCUGGUCUUCUACUUUACCUUCCCUUUCUUCUAUUUUUCGCCCUCCUAUCUUUUCAGUUUUUACUCAAUUCCUCUUCUCUCUGCUUUUGGGGAAGAUGGGUGUGUUUAUCUUGCUGGUUUUAGCACUGUCCAGUGCCUUUGUGGCGGUGGAGGGAGCGACAUGGUGCGUUGCAAAGUCCAACGUGGGCGACCAGGCGUUGCAGAAAGCACUGGACUACGCCUGUGGGGCGGGCGCCGACUGCCUCCCCAUCCAGCAGAGCGGCGCGUGCUACAACCCAAACACCGUCCUCAACCAUGCCUCCUACGCCAUGAACAGCUACUUCCAGAAGAAGGGCCAGGUUCAGGGUUCCUGUGACUUCUCUGGGGCUGCCACCACCACCACAACCGAUCCAAGUUCUAGUUCCUGCGUGUUUCCUUCUACUGCCAGCAGCGGGACCACCCCAACAACAACUCCUACCACAUCGUUAAGUCCUCCUUCGUCUUCGACUCCGACCACCACCAUCGGCGGCCUCACUCCCGGCCCUGCUUCCUCCUUCAGUGUGGACGCCGCCCCGGCGUCCGGCGACGCCCUCAGCCUUGGCCUCCUGCUGCUGCUCCAAGCCUUCCUGCUCCUGCCCUUCCUGCCCAUAUGAUUUUUGGAACCAAGGAGAAGGAGGCGGGCUCCACCAGUACGGGUGGAAUAGAAAAAGAAUGGUUUCUGAAUGACUCUGAUGGCGGGGACCCAUCCCGAUUGCUGUCGGUGCCGGUGGGUGGUGGCUUCCACCUCAGCAGAGAAGACAGAGCGCGAAGAAAAAACAACCGAAAGAUCAGCCUUCUCUCUCUCUCUCUCCCUUCCCCCACCACCCCCUCCCCCUCUCUCUCUCCUCUCUGUUUCUGCUGUCGUAUGUAGAAUUUCUGUGGUGCAAUGAAGUGAGGAAGUAGUAGGUCUGUCUACCAACUUUCCUUUUUGCUUAUUUUUCCUGUGAUGUAUAUUUAUGCGGUGUUGAAAGUUGGAACUUCAGUCGUUGAUCGAGAAAAAUGGGGAGGUCCUGUGCUUGAGCACAUUUUUCA